CCGAUCACCAAGCAAUUCUUGGUGAAACAUGACGAAGGCAGCGGCUGUUUCGGUUCAGGUCUCGGUACAUGAACUAGAGCAUCACACCAAGCUAGCCCUUCAAGUGUUAGGGUAUUCACCUAAGGAGUCCGCCAUCAUCCAGCGCGUCUUAUUGUAUGCCCAACUUCGCGGCAACACGCAAGGGGUGGUGAAACUUGUGACCAAAUCGUUAGACAAGAGCCCACAUUGCCUCGCGAAAGAUAUCGCCAUGGAGCAGGACACGCCGACUACUGCUGCUGUGAAUGGCAACCAGCAUUGCGGCAUGCUCGUCGUGCAGCGAGCCACUGACAUUGUCAUUUCAAAAGCAAAGGCCACCGGAGCCAGCGUCGUCACCUGUCGCAACUACGCCACAUCCACCGGAGCAAUUGGUUUCUACGCGCAGGAAAUUGCCCGCCAUGGGUUGAUUGGGCUCGUCUUUAGCGGGUCGCCCGAGCUUGUGGCACCGCAUGGUGGCACGCAGCCCCUGUUUGGCACAAACCCCAUUGCCAUCGGCUUCCCAAGAGCGAACCAUGACACUCCGUUGGUGAUGGACCUAGCCACGUCGGCAAUCUCGUACUUUGCAAUCAUUUUGGCCAAGUUGGCCAACCAAACCAUCGCAGACAACGUCGCCAUCGACACCCAAGGCACACCCACGACCGACCCCGCUGCCGUGCAUGCCAUUUUGCCGUUUGGGGGGCAUAAAGGAUCGGCGUUGGCGCUGGCAGUGGAACUGUUUAGCAAUGCGCUGGCUGGCGGGGCUAUUCACGACAAGGACAACGCCAACGAUUGGGCCAGCUGUGUGAUUGCCAUCGACCCCACUCGGUUUCAUGCAAACCUAGGUGACUUCACGUCGCGAGUCGAGCAAAUCCUCGGGCGGGUCAAGUCCAACUCUCCGAUAGCCCCCGGAGCCCCCCUGUGGUUACCCGGCGAGCGUGGAAACAGCAUCUACAAUCGACAUGUGACCCAAGGCACGAUCGCCAUGGAGUCAUCGCUGUGGCGACAACUCCAAGAGUUUACCGCUGUGGCAAAGCCCUCCCGCUUGUAAACGACGUGCAAGCCUCGGUCACUUCACGAUUUGGGGGAGUAAUUCCCUCAAAUAAACGACGUGGUUGUGUGUGCCCCGUGUGAUACAGCUAUGUUUUGGAGGCUAGAGCUGUGACGACUUGAAAUUUUGUCAGGUCUGUAGCCACUACAACAUUUCUGAAGGGGUGCAAUUGUCAAACCACCAUAGUAAACGUUACUUAUCAUGAAGUACGCCAAGCGUUGGAUUGGU